AUUACGCUGCACCAGAUUGUUGGUUUCGUUUCGGAGAAGAAUUAAGCACUCGGUUGCAGAACAGAACAAACUUCUUUCACUCUUUCGCUUCUGAAUCUUCAACAAUGGUGCUCGAGGCGACGAUGAUCUGUAUCGACAAUUCUGAAUGGAUGCGUAACGGAGAUUACUCUCCUUCUCGAUUUCAAGCUCAAGCAGACGCUGUCAAUCUCAUAUGCGGUGCUAAAACGCAGUCUAAUCCGGAAAAUACAGUGGGAGUUCUCACAAUGGCUGGGAAAGGCGUUCGUGUUUUGGUUACCCCUACCAGUGAUCUGGGCAAGAUCUUAGCCUGCAUGCAUGGACUAGAUAUAGGUGGUGAGAUGAACCUAGCUGCUGGCAUUCAGGUGGCACAAUUGGCUCUUAAGCAUCGGCAAAAUAAAAAGCAACAGCAGAGGAUUAUUGUCUUUGCUGGAAGUCCUGUCAAGCAUGAAAAGAAGAUGCUGGAGAUGAUAGGGAGAAAGUUGAAAAAGAAUAGUGUUGCACUUGAUAUUGUUAAUUUUGGUGAAGAAGAUGAGGGGAAGACAGAGAAGCUGGAAGCACUCCUUGCAGCUGUUAACAAUAAUGAUACCAGCCACAUUGUUCAUGUUCCAUCUGGUCCAAAUGCUCUUUCUGAUGUACUUAUAAGUACGCCUAUUUUUACUGGUGAUGGGGAAGGUGGAAGUGGUUUUGCUGCUGCUGCCGCCACCGCUGCAGCUGGUGGUGUAUCCGGAUUUGAGUUUGGCGUGGAUCCAAACUUGGAUCCAGAAUUGGCUCUUGCUCUAAGAGUUUCAAUGGAAGAGGAGAGAGCCAGGCAGGAAGCAGCUGCAAAAAAGGCUGCAGAGGAUGCUGCCAACCUAGAGAAGGGAGAUGAGCAGCAAGCAAGCUCACAACAUGCAACAAUGACUGAGCGUGCCGGUGCAGCAACAUCUGAAGCUGAGAAUAAGACAAGUGAUUUGAUGGAUGAUGAGAAUGCCCUACUACAGCAGGCACUUGCAAUGUCAAUGGAUGAUUCUGCAAUUAGCCAUGAUGUAAAAGAUACAGAUAUGUCUGAAGCAUCUGCAAGUGAUCCUGACUUGGCUCUGGCACUUCAAUUGUCAAUAACAGAUAGUGCAAAGGAUCAAUCAAGCCAGUCAGACAUGAGCAAAUUGUUAGCUGAUCAAUCCUUUGUAUCUUCUAUCCUUGCAUCGCUUCCUGGGGUUGACCCAAAUGACCCUUCUGUCAAGGAUUUGCUGGCGUCCAUGCAAAAUCAGUCUGAGCCUCAACAGAAGAAUGACGACAAGCCAUCAAACGAGGAGGAGAAGAAGUAAUCUUUAAGAGCCACUUUUCCCUGUAUGAUUUUUAUUUUGUUGGUAGCAUUCUUCGCGGCUGUUGCUAAUCGGGGAACUAUUCCAAUAUGUCUCUCUGCAGUUUAAUUGGAACCCAAUGCAUGUCUCUCGAUUGAAUAUUGGAUGAUUUUUAACUUAAAAAAUGCUCUUGAUUGUCAUGCCUUAUUCUUGGUUAGUGCUUAUCAUCUGACGAGGGCUUUUAAAUGACUGUUUUAAUACCUAAGAAAGUUUCAACUAUUAAAAUGUAUUUCAAUCUCAUCUCCA